AUGAAGUCAAAAUCGAUGUCUCCGACCAAGAAGUCACAUUCACCUUCUUCAAGCACCGUCUCCAACAAAAGAUCCAAACUCGUGAAUCCCAGUUUCGCUGACCUUCCAUCAAGUCUCGUGAAUCCCAGUUUCGCUGAUCUUCCAUCAUGUCUUUUGGAAGUAAUAAUGUCUCGACUUGAGUUAAAAGACAACAUCAGAGCAUCUACUGCAUGCAAGCCUUGGCUUGAAGCUGGUGUAGCUGUUCGUGUGGUGGAACAACAUCCUUGGCUUAUGUGUUUUCCUAAACGUGGCAGUUCCUUUGAGCUCCGUGAUCCAUUGAAAUGGAAGCCGUACACUUUGGAACUGCCAGAGCUAGCUGACUCCACUGUGCGUUACGCAAAAGAUGGAUGGUUACUUAUGGAGAGAUCUAACGAAGACGAGGUGUUCUUCUUCAACCCGUUUACUCGGGAGCUCAUAAGCUUGCCCAAGUUGAAGCUGGCUUAUGGACAGUUUGCAUUCUCUUGUGCUCCUGCAUCGGAUAAUUGCGUUGUGGUAGCGUUAGAGUCUAAGAGGGAUAUUGUCACUAUCAGCACUAGCUACCCUGGAGGGACUGGGUGGAAUUCUUCGGACUUCCCUACAUUCUAUAGUUCGAUUACUAAUAUUGUCUAUCUGAAUGAGCGAUUCUAUUGCUAUGAAGGGUUCAAAGCAGAAGGAGAAGGCUUAUAUUCCUUUGACCCAUUUAUCCACACAUGGGAGUAUCAUCCUGCUACUUAUGGCUGUUUUGAUGUGAGAGGUGAUCCCUAUGGCUAUGAGCAAUCAGCUUGUUUGGCAGAGAAUAAUGGAAAGCUCUUUCUCAUAUUGACAAGCAGGCAUGAGAAGAGACCGGUGGUCUAUGAUCAAAGAAUCUCGGAUGGAGGCAUGGAGUUUUGGGGGGAGAUGAGUGAUGCUCGCCUUGAUGGCUUUACAUUCUUUGCCAGUUUGUAUAACUCUGAGGUGAGAAAGAACCUCCCAUGGGUGAGGGACAAUAUCUGUUUCUCAAGGUCUGGUCGCAAGCGCAAGCGUUGUGCUUCCUACUCCUUCAAGGAAAGAAGCUACAAUACAGCUAAGGAAUGGGAGGACUGGCUUGAACUUUGUCCUGCUGGAAGCAUCUGGAUCGAUCCCCCGAAGAACAUUUUAAAAUAUCUAUGA